AUGGCUGUUCAGAUGAGCAAGAAGAAGAAGUUUGUGGCGGAUGGAGUGUUCUUCGCGGAGCUGAAUGAGUUGUUGACCCGUGAGCUGGCGGAGGAUGGCUACGCCGGUGUGGAGGUCAGGGUUACUCCCAUGAAAACUGAAAUCAUCGUCAGAGCCACUCGCACUCAGAAUGUUCUUGGUGAGAAGGGUAGAAGGAUUAGAGAGCUUACUUCACUGGUGCAGAAGAGAUUCAAAUUCCCAGAGAAUAGCGUUGAGUUGUUUGCCGAGAGAGUUAACAAUAAAGCACUUUGUGCGGUUGCUCUAGCUGAGUCUAUUCGUUACAAGUUGCUUGGUAGCCUCCCCGUCAGGAGGGCUUGUGGUGGUGUAAUGCGUUUGGCUAGGGAGAAUGGGGCCAAGGGGGUUGAGAUCAUAAUCAGCGGAAAACUGAGGGCUCAACGUGCUAAAUCAAUGAAAUUUAAAGAUGGUUACAUGAUCUCUUCUGGUCAGCCAGUCAAGGACUAUGUUGAUUCUGCUGUGAGGCAUGUUCUUCUACGACAGGGAGUACUUGGUAUCAAGGUCAAAAUCAUGCUUGAGUGGGAUCCGAAGGGAAAGAUGGGGCCGGUAACUCCCCUCCCAGAUUUUGUCACAAUUCGUUCCCCCAAAGAGGAGGAAGAGUACAUCAGGCCUGCCGCACUUCCUCUCCCUGAAGUGGCAGUUCAGGCGUAG